UUAUUAUUUUUAAUAUGAAAGAAUACACCUCAAGUAUGAUUUACAAACCAAACAAGAUAAUAUGAAAGAAUAUUUCUAAAUUUUUAUAACUUUUUUCCAGCUGUAUAUUAAGUUGCUGGACUUUAGUUUAUGAAAUAACCAAAAACUUAUUUAUAUCGGAAAUUAUAGACGAGAGUAAGCUGUGCCUGGAAACAAAUAUAAAGUAAGUUACGGAAGACCAGUUGUAACUAGUUGAAAAUGGCAGGAGACUUGCUGGAAAUUGAUGGAUCAGUUUUGGAAGCGGGUGGACAACUAUUGAGAAAUGCUUUAGCUCUGAGUGUGCUAACAGGCACUCCAAUUAAAAUAUCAAAGAUCAGGGCAUGCCGAAAGAAACCUGGAUUGGCUGAGCAACAUAUGAGGGGUUUGCAAUUGGUCAGAGAUAUAAGCAGAGCUAAAGUCAUAGGUUGCUCAAUUGGUUCUAAUGAGAUUGAAUUUUGGCCAUUUCACAAUUAUGGUGGGAACUAUGAUGCUCCUGUAAAGACAGCUGGUAGCAUCUGUCUCUUGCUACAAGUAUCCCUGCCAUGUGUUUUAUUUGCCAAUGGGCCAUGUGAAUUGCACCUCGAAGGUGGAACCAAUGUUGAAAUGGCACCACAAUUAGACUACAUGACUGAGGUCUUCAAGCAUUACCUGAAAAUGUUUGGUGGAGACUUUGACUUUCAAUUGGUCACACGCGGAUACUAUCCAGUGGGCAAAGGGAAAGUCAUCAUUUACACAAAUCCAAUGAAGCAGUUGAGACCUGUGACUAUUUUGGAUCAGGGCAAAGUAGUGAAGAUCACUGGUUGGAGUUUUGUAUCAGGUUCACUUCCCAUGAGCAUAACGCAUGCCAUGGCUGGAAAAGCAACCAAUAUUCUUACACAAAUUACAAAGCGAAUUGAAAUAGAACAGUACAAAGAGUCCAAAUAUAUAGCGCCAGUAGGAAAUUGUUCAGGAAUAAUUUUAGUUGCUGAGACUUCAACCGGAUGUUUCCUCGGUGCUUCGGCAUUGGGAAAACGAAAUCACACUGGUGAACAGACCGGGGCCGAAGCUGCGAAUCAUCUAUUGGAUAAUAUCAUUUCGGGUGCUUGCGUUGAUGAUUAUUGCCAGGAUCAGCUCAUCAUUUUUAUGGCAUUGGCAGCGGGUACUUCUCAAAUCAAAGUCGCCGCGAUUACUUUGCAUACGAAAACUGCAAUCUAUAUUGCCGAAAUGAUUACAAAGGCCAAAUUUAAUAUAAUAGAGAUGGACAACUAUAGGAUCAUUGAAUGUAAAGGGAUCGGCUAUCAGAAGAGGUCUGAUUGACUUUGAAAAUCUGGAGAGUAUUUUCAUACUAACGAAAGCUUUUUCAUGCGAAAUCGAUGUGAUUUUAUUUAAUAGUUAUGUUUGCAAUUUCCAUGCAAAUUUAAGUAUUAAAUAGAAUGUUAGAGUGUAUUGCACUUCUUCACAUCUGUUUCGAAAUUAC